UAAAGUCCUAGAAGUCACUCCUGAGACCCAAGCCCCUCCUCCUGCCCCCCUGCAUCCUCCCUUUGCCCCUUUUUGCCAGACUCUGUCCUCCUCUGGGUGUCCCAUUCCCCACCCAGAGGCAGAGGAGGCGGAGGCGGGGUGGCAGGGGGUAGGGGCUGGGUGAGGGCCGCCCAAGGCCAGGGUGGGCUGGGGGGCCGUUAAGAUGUGGAGCUCUGCCCAGCUGAGGGGGGCUCCGUGGAGGCAGAUACAGUGUGUGCCCGGCUGGGGGGAGUAUGGGCAGGCCCACAGCCACGUGGUGAAGGAUGAACAUUCGGGGCGCCCCGGACCUCAGGCAGCCCAGUGACGACCCCAGCAGUGGCAGCGAGCGGGAGCGGAUUCGACAGCGCAUGAAGAUGGUCAUCGGGCAGCUCGAGGGCAUCCUUCAGGAACUCAAGGAGGUGGCCAAGGAGCUGAGAGAGGUGGUGAGCCAGAUUGAUAAGCUGACCUCAGACUUCGACUUUGAACUGGAGCCAGAUGAUUGGACCACAGCCACUGUGAGCAGUACCUCCAGCAGUGACAAGGCAGGUGUAGGUGGCCCCUUUGACCUGGGCCACCUGGACUUCAUGACAGCGGACAUCCUCUCAGACAGCUGGGAGUUUUGCUCCUUCCUGGACGUGUCCACCCCCUCGGACUCUGUGAAUGGCCCUGAGCCGGCCCGGACAGGAGCUGGUCCUGAUUACCGGCUCAUGAAUGGUGGUAUGCCCAUCCCCAAUGGGCCUCGAGUGGAGACCCCAGACUCCUCCAGUGAGGAGGCCUUCAGCAGCGCGGGCCCCACCAAGGACCAGCUGCCCCAGCGGACCCCGGGCACGCGGGAGAGGGUGCGGUUCAGUGACAAAGUGCUCUACCACGCACUGUGCUGUGAUGAUGAGGAGGGGGACGGUGAGGAGGAAGCAGAGGAGGAGGCAGGACUGCCUGCUGAGCCACAGCGUGCGGAAGCCCACGUGGGUCCCUUCAAGCCCUCCCCGGUCCCUCACAAGUUGAGGCGUUCUCCACUGACUGGCCGUCGCUCAGGCCCCACCUUGGCCCCUGAGCAGACCCGGAGAGUCACGAGGAAUAGCAGCACCCAGACGGUGUCAGACAAGAGCACACAAACAGUGCUACCUUACACGGCCAUCAGACAGAAAGCCAGAGGGAAAAACUAAGGGCUGGGAAGGGGCUGGGGGGUGGUGUGCACAUAGAGCUAUAAAUAUAUAUAUAUAUAUAUAUAUAAACAAACACAGUCAUAAUAAAAUUUAAAAAUGCUAA